UUUUGGCAAAAAUAUGAUAAGAAAACAAAAAUAUUGAACUUGGAAUCAUCGAAUUAUUUUGUAAAUUGUAAUUAUUUCCAGAAAAAUUACCUCAUUAAUCGUCCGUAAAUUAUUCAAGAUUCAAGUCACGCAUAUUUAUUGACUGUUUGUCUUCAAAAGUCUGCAGACUUGAGAUAGUUCCAACAGCUUAGUCCUUGGUGAUUACUAUUUUUCAAUCCUAAUGGAGGAAAUAAAGAAAUUUUUGCAGCAAAUAAUGCACCGCGUUGAUGGACUUUAUUACAUUGUGAUCAGUGAUAAAGACGGAGUUCCCUUCAUUAAAAUGAGUUCUCAAAAUGCUCCUGAUAUCGGAUCAAGAUUAUAUUUAUUCUCGAAUUUUGGUAUCGUGGCCGAACAAGCUAGCAAGUUAGAUGUUGGCAGGACGAUUUCUAUAACGUCGGUUCAUUCAAAUUACCAAGUUGUUCAAAUAUACAGUUUGCCUCUUACCAUCACGUUCGUCGCUGAUGCUGAUGCCAAUACCGGAUACAUUCAGAGUUUAGAAAGCCAGUUAGAACCUUUAUUGAUAGAUUUGAAAGAAAUAGUACAUGAAAGGCAUGAAAUGAAAUAAUGUAUUUGUAAAUUUUAUGAUAUUUUUAAUGUUCUAUUUAUCCAUUUGUUUUGUUACCUAUACCUACCUUUCUCUUGUACGAGUGUAAAUAUUUAGUUGGUGUGUUACAUAUGUAAUUAUCAUGAUUAUUAUACUGUAUAUUUCUUUUGUAUUGAAAUUAUUUUAAUCAUCAUGUUGGAAAAUAGAAUGAUUAGUUACAUUGCAGAAGUAUUGUUGAACAGUAUAAAGUUUUCAAUUUUUUGAUCUUCUGGUUUAAUUGUAAAUUGAAUCAAUUGCUGAUUUCAAGAGAAUUUUCUUUCGAGAUGGUAAAUUUGCGAUAAAGUUCAACUGAUUGCAGAAAAUUUUCCAAAAUUGAUUAUCGUUUUCAAUUUUUAAAAUUCAAAAAUUGUGAUUAAAUCAUAAGAAAACUCUGAACCUGGAGAGUAAAGAGAGAAGAAUCAGAAUCUAAAAUCGAAAUUCGAAAAACUUAUAUGCCUGGUGUUAUCAAAAUGUCCCCACUUUUUGCCAAAUUUUAAAGAAAAGGGUACUAAUUUCUAUAAAAUUUUUGAAAAUGUCCCAUUUUUCUACCCUACCAGUAAACACGAGAAAAAGGAUACUUGCGCAUUUUGCCAAAAACAGAAAAAAGUGCUGCUGCUCAUGAAAUGAGUUUCAAAAAAGUCCUGCGAGAAAAGUAAUCAAAAUACUUACCAAUAAUAAUAAUUGAUUUUAAUUUUAAUUCAAAAUCAAUAAUUUGAAUAAUCGAAUUAAAACUUCCAUAUCUUCAUUGAAAAAAAAGUAUACUUAGGCCUAGGUAAGUAUAGGUACCUACCUCAUAAUUUUAUUUCAUCUCUUCUUCAGCCAAUUUUUUCAGAACGUAAUUUUUUUUCUAAAUUUUUCAACGUAUAAAGCACGAGCGGCCAAUCAUCUCAUUUUUGAAACUUUCGUAUAAAUCAGGACUUUUUUUCGAACUUCAUGGACAAAUGAGGGACUUUGAGGACUUUUUUGUCAAAAUUUCAAAAUUCGAAAAAUGAUUAUUAAAAAGUUUCAAAAAUUUCCUCGAAUUUUAUACCAAAAAAAAAACGUCAGAGUCCGUGCGCAUGCGCAUAGCAAGGACACACUGCUGCCUCGAGACACCUGUGUUUUUCUUAGUUUUUAUCAAAAGUUCACUAGAAUCUGCAAGAGAUCAAUUUUUGGAUUUUCUUUCACUCAAUUUGAUGCUUUGUGAAACAUUUUCCUUUCAAGAUUCAAAAAACAUUGAUUUUACCAAGUGAUUCUUGCAGUGCUACAUCAGCUUUAUCAACAUGAACAACUUUGAUGAUAAGGUGUUCUUCAAAGUUCGAGAAUUCCUGAAAAAGUAUCCUCGAUUCAGCUUUCUACUUCCCCAUUUGCCCAUUUACAUAGGCGCUUCUUUCGUUCUAUUUGCUUUUGGAUUACACAAAGUUCUGGAUCCACUACCAAACAACGAUUUACCAGUAAAGGCAGAAAAAGUUAAGGAUUCUAAAUCAGCACUAGUUAAUUUUUUUAGUUCAUAACCUUUGCUUUUUCAUUUGUAUAUGUUUAGUUACUUACUCGUUUUGUAAAUAAAAAUCUGUUAUUAUACUAUAA